AUGGUGUCGGAAGUAUGUAGUAUUCUGAGGAAGAGAUGCUCAGGUGAUGAUCUCUGGAAAGAACACAUCAGACGAAGAUGGGGUCCAGUAGUAGGAGAUGUGGUUUAUAAGGAAUGGAAAUGGCAUAUAACAUCAGCAAAAGAGGAGAACUCUUUCAGGAUCCAUCAAAAUAAUGGUUCGGUGGGAACUUUUAGUGGGGAUUGGCCACGUCUCUCUCUCGGCUCAUAUUUGGAAGACUCUGAGAAGCUUAGAGGUUCGUUAUCAAAUUAUUUCAUGAAAGCUUUAUAUCUUUCUGUGGAGAAUGGAAAGUUCUGGUUCCCAGCUCAAAUUUACAAGGGCAAUGGAGUAUCUUGCUACGACGCCUUACUUAGUUACGAAUCUGAAACAGAUUCCUUUCAAGCACGAAUACAACGUCGGGGUUGGCAUGUUUUAAAGAAAAACAUAAGGUGGGAUGAGGUGAGAGCCACACCAGUUGAAACUCCUCCAAACGCUCUUCACGUCUCUGAUGACCUCAGUAACUUGAAACCUGGGGAUCACAUUGAAAUCCAAUUCAGAACAGCUAGGCGAACAUCUUAUGAAUGGUGGUAUGCUACUAUAGGACACCUGGAAACAUGUGAUGAGCAUGAGAAUAAUUGUGGGUGUGACCAAAGUGAAGUGGUGGUGGUGGAGUUUAAGCAGUAUCCUCCAACAUCUCGAAUGAAACGCUUGGUUCUCAGCAAAGACAACGGCCGGGAGCAUGAUGAUGGAAGGGGCCGCUUGUAUGGAGGAAUUAGGAAGAUUCAUAGCCAACCACAGAUUGACACCUGGAAAAGGCUCUUUCCUCGACAUUACUUGCAUCCUCCCUCCACUUCCUUCUGUAGGGUGUCUUUGUCUUGUAGAAGAAAUUAA